AUGGAACAAAUGAAUUUUGGGGUGAGAUGGCGGCUUUGGAUUCAUAGCUAUUUAGAAUGCGGAAGAGCUUUAGUGAUCAUCAAUGGAAACCCUACAAAGGGUGUGAGGCAGGGGGACCCAUUAUCCCCCUUCCUAUUUAUUAUUACAAUGGAAAGAUUAAAUUUUGCUAUGAAGACGACAGUGGAGAAAGGCGUGUUCGACGGGAUAAAAUUCCAAAAUUCUAGCUUGUGUGUGUCACACUUAUUUUAUGCAGAUGAUGCAUUGUUCAUUGUAGAAUGGUCUAGGCGAAACAUAGCUAAUUCGGCAAGGAUCUUACGAUGCUUUCACAUCUCAUCUGGAUUGAAAGUGAACUUCAAAAAGUCAAAAGUGUUUGGUGUGGGUGCUCCUCUUAUGGAAAUUUCAAAUUGGUCUGCCCCUCUUGGAUGUGAACCAUCGUCGAUCACGUUUACUUACUUGGGUAUCCCUGUUGGUGAGAAUAUGAAUAAAAAAGAAUGCAUGGAGGCCGAUCAUCGAAAAGUUUCACUCCAAGCUCUCUAUGUGGAAAGCGAAAGCAUUGAGAUUUGGUGGUAG